CGACUGAAACAUGAGGCGGCCUGGUGCAGCACAUUCAGUUGCUUGAGAACAUCACAAACGAGAGAUUCAGCUGGAUUCCAAAAUCUCCCAUUGUUCAACUUUGCUUCUUAUAUGAAACUCGCUGAUCAUCAGGUUUCAAUGGGUGUCGGUGGUCGACGUGCUGUUCCUUCAGUUGUUGUAGCAGACAAUUACUCAACCAUAGUCGUUGGCUUGUUCGCUGAGCCGGGUAAUUUGAUUGCAAACGUUUCAUCACCAAUCGAGGUGACAUCCUCAGUGCGUUAUUGGAGAGCGUGGCGGUGCGUUGCGCUCCCCAAUAACGCACUGAUAAUGUCACCUCGAUUGGUGAUGAAGCGUUUGCAAUCAGCUCAGCGAACAAGCCAACGACCAUCUACCCUACCUUCCUCCAUAGAAUUACUCAACCAUAUUUGA